UCUGGCCGGGGAUUUGGUGAGAAGACUCGGACCGGCAGCCGCUGUGAGGAUAUCGCGCGCGGUGUUGCAGGCGCUGAGACCAAGGGACCUGGUUCUAGAGUGUGUGUUUAGCCAUGCCGGCACAGCGGCCCGCGAGCAGCGGCGGGUCCCUGGCUCCAGAUGUGGCUGAGCGAGUGGAGCCCGCCGUGAUUACCCCAGCCAUGCUAGAAGAGGAGGAACAGCUUGAGGCUGCCGGACUUGAGAGGGAGCGGAAGAUGCUAGAAAAGGCUCGCAUGUCUUGGGAUAGAGAAUCCAUGGACAUUCGGUACCGUAGACUUCAACAUUUGCUUGAAAAAAGCAAUAUCUACUCCAAAUUUUUAUUGACUAAAAUGGAACAGCAACAAUUAGAGGAACAGAAGAAGAAAGAGAAAUUGGAGAGAAAAAAGGAAUCUUUAAAAGUUACAAAGGGUAAAAAUUCCAUUGAUGUAAAUGAGGAGAAUCCAGUUAUGAGAAAGAAAAGAGGAAGAGAAGAUGAAUCAUACAAUAUUUCAGAGGUCAUGUCAAAAGAGGAAAUUUUGUCUGUGGCUAAAAAAAAUAAAAAGGAGAAUGAGGAUGAAAGCUCUUCAUCUAAUCUCUGUGUAGAAGAUCUUCAGAGAAACAAAGAUUCAAAUAGUAUAAUUAAAGAUAGAUUGUCUCAAACGGUUAGACAGAAUACUAAAUUCUUUUUUGACCCAGUUCGGAAAUGUAAUGGACAACCAGUACCCUUUCAGCAACCAAAACACUUUAUAGGAGGGGUGAUGCGAUGGUACCAAGUGGAAGGCAUGGAAUGGCUUAGGAUGCUUUGGGAAAAUGGAAUUAAUGGCAUUUUAGCAGAUGAAAUGGGAUUGGGAAAAACAGUUCAGUGCAUUGCUACAAUUGCGUUGAUGAUUCAGAGAGGAGUACCUGGACCUUUUCUUGUCUGUGGCCCUUUGUCUACGCUUCCUAACUGGAUGGCUGAAUUCCAAAGAUUUACACCAGAAAUUCCUACUAUGUUAUAUCAUGGGACCCAGGAGGAACGUCGAAAAUUGGUAAAGAAUAUUCACAAACGGAAAGGGACACUCCAGAUUCAUCCUGUGGUAAUCACUUCAUUCGAAAUAGCCAUGAGAGACCGAAAUGCGUUACAGCAUUGCUAUUGGAAAUACUUGAUAGUAGAUGAAGGACACAGGAUUAAGAACAUGAACUGCCGUCUAAUCAGGGAGUUAAAACGGUUCAAUGCGGAUAACAAACUUCUUUUGACUGGUACUCCCCUGCAAAACAAUUUAUCAGAACUUUGGUCAUUGCUAAACUUUUUGUUGCCAGAUGUAUUUGAUGACUUGAAAAGCUUUGAGUCUUGGUUUGAUAUCACUAGUCUUUCUGAAACUGCUGAAGAUAUUAUUGCUAAAGAAAGAGAACAGAAUGUAUUGCAUAUGCUGCACCAGAUUCUAACACCUUUCUUACUGAGAAGACUAAAAUCUGAUGUUGCUCUUGAAGUUCCUCCUAAACGAGAAGUAGUCGUUUAUGCACCGCUUUCAAAGAAACAAGAGAUCUUUUAUACAGCCAUUGUGAACCGUACAAUUGCGAACAUGUUUGGAUCCAGUGAGAAAGAAACAGUUGAGCUAAGUCCCACUGGACGACCAAAACGGCGAACUAGAAAGUCAAUAAAUUACAGCAAACUAGAUGAUUUCCCUAAUGAAUUGGAAAAAUUGAUCAGUCAAAUGCAGCCAGAGGUAGACCGAGAAAGUAGAGCUGUUGUGGAAGCGAAUAUCCCUAUAGAAUCUGAAGUUAAUCUGAAGCUGCAGAAUAUAAUGAUGCUACUUCGUAAAUGCUGUAAUCAUCCAUAUUUGAUUGAGUACCCUAUAGACCCGGUGACACAAGAGUUUAAGAUUGACGAAGAAUUGGUAACAAAUUCUGGGAAAUUCUUAAUUUUGGAUCGAAUGCUGCCAGAACUGAAAACUAGAGGUCACAAGGUGCUGCUUUUUUCACAAAUGACAAGAAUGUUGGACAUUUUGAUGGAUUACUGCCACUUUAGAGAUUUCAACUUUAGCAGGCUUGAUGGAUCCAUGUCUUACUCGGAGAGAGAAAAAAAUAUGCACAACUUCAACACAGAUCCAGAUGUAUUUAUCUUCUUAGUGAGUACACGAGCUGGUGGCCUGGGCAUUAAUUUGACUGCAGCAGAUACAGUUAUCAUUUAUGAUAGUGAUUGGAACCCCCAGUCUGAUCUUCAGGCCCAGGAUAGAUGUCAUAGAAUUGGUCAGACAAAGCCAGUUGUUGUAUAUCGUCUUGUUACAGCAAAUACUAUUGAUCAGAAAAUUGUGGAAAGAGCAGCUGCUAAAAGAAAACUGGAAAAGUUGAUCAUCCACAAAAAUCAUUUCAAAGGUGGUCAGUCUGGGCUAAAUCAGUCUAAGAACUUCUUAGACCCUAAGGAGUUAAUGGAGUUAUUAAAAUCUAGAGAUUAUGAAAGGGAAGUCAAAGGAUCAAGAGAGAAGGUCAUUAGCGAUAAAGAUUUAGAGUUGUUGUUAGAUCGAAGUGAUCUCAUUGAUCAAAUGAAUGCCUCAGGACCGAUUAAAGAGAAGAUGGGGAUUUUCAAGAUACUAGAAAAUUCUGAAGAUUCCAGUCCUGAAUGUUUGUUUUAAAUUGGAGCUAAAGAAUGUCUUUAAAAAAUUCUUAUUUACAUCCACUGAUUUACUUUUAUUGGUGUUGAAAUCCAGAUUAUCCACUUUACUUUUUGAUUAUAUCAGUUUACAUAAUGUAACCUGUACCAUUGCAUACUUAAUAGUUGAUAAUUUUCUGAGCUUUAUUCAGAACAAAGAAGUAUUCACAUUAGGUGUAGAUUUUUCGGUUAACUUUUCAGACUCGGUAGUACUCUUGGGUACAGGCUGAUGUGUACUUCACCACUGCCAGAUUUAUACAGUCUUCCUGUGGAAGUUUAAUGUCUUUUCCCCACCGUUUAGCAGUACAGUUCAUGGGCUUUUGGUACUUCAGUUAUGGAGUAGGCUUUUGAUGGGGGAAAGAUUGAGAUAAUGCUUUCCGUUGUUUAAAUAAGAAAUUGUUUGAAUUUAGGGUCUGUUUCUAUAAAAUGGUUUACCAAAUAAAUCUUCAUUAUAAGAUGAUCUCAUCAAAUUAUUUCUUCAGAAAAAUAAUGAAUCAGGUGAAAUAAUAGUAAAAGUCUUGACUGGCGUUACAAUUCAACAUUCUUAUGCUGAUGUGGUUUCAUUCACUACUACUACGCACAUAUGUCACAUACAGAUUUCAGCUGAACAUUGGGUUAAUUAAUGCAGAGAAGGCUCUGGAAGAAACUGUAAGGUCUUUACAAAUGACCAGAAAUUGCAAGUGGUAGUAUAUCAUGCAAGACAAGAAUAGAAGAGAGAAGAGACCUGAAAAUUUAUAAUAGGAGGAGUAAAUAGUACUGGAGAGAAGGAAACAAGACCUAGGAAUAUAAGUAAUACAGAACCCAUAAUAGAGGCUCAUAAAGGCCAAAAUGGGAACAGUUUAGGCCCUGUAUGUCUAUCAGACUACGAGGUAGAGAAAUCUUGAAUGCUCCCUGAACCUUACAUUUCUGUGUAGGUUGUUUAUCUCAUGUCAAAAUGUUAUUCUUGUUGCUGUGCAUAUUUAACUGUAGAUCAGAUUAUCUCUACGUUAGGGCAAUGUAGCUAGGGCUCAGAGAAAAACGAGAGAAUAUUCAGUCAAAAGACAAGAAAGUCUUCAGAGCAGGUUUUUUUUUCUUUUGAGUGGAAAUGUUUACCCAUCACACACCUGCUGACUAAUUGUCAUCAUAACCUUGGUUGCUUAGUUGUCUCACUGAGUUUUCCUACUGUGUUGUCUCUUACAUCCUCCCAAAUGAAUAUUUUGUGGGUUCAUCUCAGUCCUCACAUCUCUAAUACCUCUUUCCUUACCUUGCUCUCUGUUGCCACUGAGAAAUUAGAAACAAUCAGAAAAAAACUCGCAAAAGUUGCCACCACUGCAUGUAUAAAUCUACCACCAUCUGUGCCCUAUGUAUCUUUUUUUCCUGUUACUGUGGAUAUAUAUUGUCUGUCCUGCCUAGAGCCAACAGAAAUGUCUCCUUUUAUAGCAAACUCCUUGAAAAGUUGUCUAUGUUCACUUUUCUUUCUCUUUUCCAUUCUUUUCUGAACCCAUUCCAGUCCGUUUUUCAUCCCCAUCACUCAUGAAACUGUUCUUAUUCAGACCUCCAGUGACCUCUGACUUCAUUUUACUUGAUUUUUCAGCAGCAUUUCAUACGAUUGUUUAAUCUUCUCCACUAAACAGUUUCUAAACAAACACAUUUGUUUGGUUUUCCUUCCUACUUCUCUGGCUUUCUCAGUCUCCUUUGCUGUUUCUUCAUGUCUUUGACCCCUAAACAUUAGAAUGUCCCAGGCAGGGCUUGGGGCUCCCUUGAUGGUAGUGAUGACUCAAAUUUAUAUCUCUAGCCAGAGUCUUUCUCCUGAGCUCAAUUCAGCUGCCUACUUGACAUUUUUACUUCAUUGCCUGAUAACUCAAACUAUCCCAAAUCUGAACUUAAGAACUUGUACUUCCCCAGCCUGUUGAGACUGUUACCACUCAUUCAUUUAUUUUUCAGCUUCCAAAAUCUUAUUUUGUCAUCUCAUCUCUUCUCUUGAUCUGAGAGUUGAAUGCCUCUUUCAUCGUUUUACUGUUAUUUUAGUUUCCAGAUUCUAGUAAGGGGCAGAGGGGAAUAGAUCUUCUCAUUCUGUGAUAUUGAAACAAAGCAGGUUCUCCCUGCUUUGUCUUGUAUAAAAUAUGUUCUCAAACCAGGACUUGUCUUCCAUCACUUGAUCAAGUUGCUGUGAAAAAUACUUUAUUUGUUCAGUGAGUCAUUCUUCCAUGUUAUUAGGCAGUUCCUGAAUGUAUGGAGAGGUAGAAUGAAAGUGGCACUUGAACAUUUCCAAGCAAACAUUUGGUAAUGUUUCACUAAUGUCUUAGCAAUUUUAUGUGACUUUUUAGUCUUGGCAGUUUGAAGUAGUAUUUUGAGUAGGCUGGAGAGAACUAAUGUUUAUAUUCAAAACAUUAAGUGCUUCUGUUGGUUUUAAAUUCCGUGCUUUAUUUCAAAGAAUUAUUUUGGUUUUGAGCUUCUUUUUAAGUUACUGCUACUUCAGUUUUUACAAUUGUAUUUGCUUUAUCAGCCAGGACAUCUCCACAAAUAACAUACUAUGUUUCUUAUUACUUCAUCAAUUUUUGUUAGAAAAAUCAAGCCCAGGGAAUCAUACUUAUGAGUAAAAUUUAAAAGAUUUUGGUCUUCCUUCUUUGGAAUCAUUUAUUGUCGUCAUGUGGUUUAAUAUACUGC